UGUAUUUAACUAAUUUUAAUCUAUUUUACCAGAUGCCACUGCCAAGCAAAGAAAAAAGCGCUCGCCACAGGCAGCGUGUCAACUCUGACCCUGCAGCAAGAGCAGAGUACCUUGCCAGGAGAAGAGAAAGCUACCAGAAGAGGAAACUGCAGGGAAAGAUUCCAUAUGUAAAGUCAAGUGACCUGCCAGAGAGAGUGAAAAAGAAACAGAGAGAGAGGUGGAGGGUAGCAUCCAGUGCUUACAGAGAAAGAAAAAAGAUGACAAAUGCUUUGUUAGACCUUUCACCACCAUCCAUAGAGAACAUUACACCAGUUCUGGUUGGUGUAGAUGUAGCACAAGAGCAGCCAGGAGAUGCUGGUCAAGCUGUGGAAGACCCUAUUCCUCUGAAUGAGUAUUUUAAACCACCAGUGUCCUCCACACCAGAGAGGAAUCAGAGAAAGAAUACAUCCUCAGCAGAGAAACGUUGCAAAAGAUUGCUGAAAGAGAAGUGUCAACUGAGAAAACAGUUGACACUUUUGAAAAAACAGCUAGCAGAGAUGAAAAAACUAAAGGAUAGAUUCAGAAAGAGUGAGAAGAGGUUAAUGGCAAAACAAAAAGUAGGCCUAAGUGAAAAAUUCAAACAAAGGGGCCACAAGAAGCUGUCAGCAAUAAGAAAGCAAGCAGUUAUCAAUUUUCUGUCCAGAGAUGAAAACAGUCGUCUUUUAGCUGGGAAAAAAGACACCAUCACCAAAAAUAAACAUAAAAUGCAAAGAAGAGUUCUAACAAAGCCCCUGACUGAGCUCCAUGCACAGUAUCAAAGAGAGGUGGAACAGCAUCUCUCCAUGUCUUACAGACAAUUUGUCAGAAGACGGCCUUUUUAUAUCACAGAGCCGAAGACCAGUGAUAGAGAUACAUGUGCAUGUGUGGAACAUGAGAAUAUCCGGCUAUUGGUUAACAAACUCGCCAAGAGAGGGCUGUUGAAGACAACCAGCAUCUCAGAAUUAUUGAGUAUGAUUGUUUGUGACCCUAAAAACAAAGCAUGUAUGGAUCGUGUAUGCCCAAAGUGCUGCUUUAAUGAAGUUGAAUUUCCUGAGACACCCUAUACAGAGGUUUCUUGGGAACAAUGGGAGCGGGUAACUUCAACAAACAAAGAAAAAAUCUUUGCAAAUGUUUUAAAACAAACACAUACAGGGACAAUCCAGGACUUACAAGUGCUGUUCCACAAAAAGCUAGAAUCUUUAGCCACACAUCAGUUCAACUGGAUCCACCAAACAGUACAGUUUCGUAACCUAAAACAAAAUCUCACUGAAUCUGAAGCUGUGCUUCACAUUGAUUUUUCGGAAAACUAUGCCUGCAAGAUGAGUACAGAAAUACAAGCUUUUCAUUUUGGAGGCAGCAGAAAGCAGGCCACAAUACACACUGCUGUCCUUUACACAGUUCAUGGUACUAAAUCAUAUGCAACACUAUCAGACAGCCUCCGCCAUGAUGAGCGGGCAGUAUGGGCACACCUGGAGCCCAUACUGAAAGAGCUUCGGGCAACCUCCCCACAGAUUACAGCCCUACAUAUUAUUAGUGAUGGACCUGUUACACAGUACAGGAACAAAGCUAACUUUUACCUCCUCAGUACUGUGCCUUUCCUUUCUGGGUUUAAGCAUGUUACAUGGAACUAUUCAGAAAAGUCCCAUGGAAAGGGUGCCCCGGAUGGUAUUGGUGGUGCUGUGAAGAGGGAUGCAGAUCUCUAUGUUCGUCGGGGUGGUGAGCUGCAGACUCCACUGGAUUUGUACGAGAUGCUGGGCAAAAAAUCAGCGUCAACUAUCACUUAUCACUGGAUAAGCGAAGACAGAAUCCAAAAAUAUGAUGAGUUAAUUCCAGACAAAUUGACGGCUGUGAAGGGAACCUUAAAAAUACAUCAGGUUUCGUCUUCACAAGCAGCUCAAAUCAGUCACAGGGAGGUUUCAUGCUUCUGCAAGCAUGCAGAAAUGAAGACCUGCCUCUGUUACCAGCCAGUGAAAGCUUAUUUGAGGGACACCACUGAGGAUCCCUUAAGCCCUCCUGAGCCACCAAAGAAACAACCUCCGGAAGACUUGAGUGGAAAGUUUGUGAUUGUCACCUAUGAUAAACUUCCCUAUGUAGGCCAGGUCCUUCAGGUUGUUGGAGAGGAAGUGCAAGUUACCUCCAUGCGGCAGGCAGGAGAAAAGAACUUGUUCAUGUGGCCACAAGUGCCAGAUAUUAUAUAUUACUACAAGAAAGAUGUUGUCUCUGUCAUUGUGGAACCUGAGCCGGCAACCUCACGGCACGCUAAGUUGAGCAGCCAAGAUUGGGCAAAGUUCAAACAGGCCUGGGGCUAGAUUUUUUUUAUCAAAAAAUGAAAUGAAUGUUUAUGAAAUGAAAUGUUUGUGUUCAUGUUGUUCAAUCAGUUACUUAAUGAUUUACUCACCUGGUUCCUCAGUGCCUGCCAUAUCACAUUUUAAAGAGUGUAUGUUUACGGCUGUGUGCGGGUGAGUGAGUGA